AUGUGUCGGUUUAUGGUGUACAAGGGGAGCGACGAGAUCCUGCUCUCGAAGCUCAUCCUUGAUCCCACACAUUCGAUUCUCAAGCAAUCUUUCGACUCUCGAUUGCGAUUGGACACGCGGCGCGGUCAGAAUAACGCAGAUGGGUUCGGCAUCGGCUUCUAUACCGAUCCAAAGCUCGGCUCGGCACCCUGCCUCUUCACAUCGACCAUUCCGGCAUGGAACUGCACAAACCUCCAGCGUAUCGCUAGCAAGACGGCGUCGAGGCUCAUAUUUGCCCAUGUUCGCGCUACCACCGAGGGCACAUUGAGCGAGGACAAUUGCCACCCUUUCUGUCAUGGCUCCCUCAUGUGGAUGCACAACGGCGGUCUCGGUGGAUGGAAACAGAUCAAGAGGCGCCUGGGCGAGAGACUCGCCGACAAAUGGUACCUGGGCGUCAACGGCGGCACGGACAGCGAGUGGGCCUUUGCACUGUUCCUCGAUACCCUCGAGCGCAUGGGUUACGACCCCAGCUCGCAACCCGAGAAGGGCUUUGGCCCCACCGUGUUGCGCAGGGCCGUGCUUCGGACGAUCCAGCUGAUCAACGAGCUGAUCGAUCAGAUCCCUGAGAGCAUCCUCCAUUCUGAGAACGUCGAUACCCGGAGUCUGCUGAACUUUGCCGUGACAGACGGCCACACGACCAUCUGCACGCGCUAUAUCAACAGUGCCACAGACGAAGCCGCGAGCUUGUACUACUCAACAGGCACUCAAUGGGAACGGGAGCCAGUAUCUGGGAACGAUUAUCAGAUGGAGCGCAGGGAUAAAGGUGCCGAUGUGGUUCUCGUGGCCAGUGAACCACUGACGUUCGAACGAGAGAAUUGGGUUACGGUCCCUACCAACUCCAUCCUCACCAUCCACGGUCAAACCGUCAUGGUUCAUCCCAUCAUGGACCAGUACUACUCCCGGAACCCUUGCCACAUCCGCUCCGCCGCAUUCGUGCAGACUAAGGGUCUCACGGCUAACGAGAAGAUCUCCGCCACUCCUUUGCCCGGCGCUGCCAGUCCGGUGCCAGCGCUGGAAGCAACAGAGAGUGGCCUGAAAAUGUUUCAUCCAAAGAUACCGAUUCACAUGAUGCGCUCCCGCCCGGACUCGGACGGCCCAAAUGGACAACGAACUCUUGUGGUGACAAAUAUUUCAGAGCCGUCAGCGGACAUCCGAACGCUUACCGCGCCACCGCUGAUCCGCCAGACCUCGGCACCAUCACAAGGCAACAUCAAGAAGAAGCGAAUGUCCCUGGGUGGAUUCGAUCAUGUCCAGACCGGCACCGUGUCUGGCAGUAGUACUGCCUCCACUGCCCAACCGGAACCACCCGGGGCAAUGGAACCGGAGGAGCCCCCGCGGAACUUUGGAGAUCCAAACAAGAUUGCACAGUUCUUCCCGGAGCUGACUUUAUCUCCUUGA